AUGACAACUCCAGCGUUGAAGAACAAUUUGUUGCCUCCUGGGCUCGUCUCCAAUCUCCAACAGGUCCUCUCAAACCGCAAACCCGCCGCCGCCGCCGGCGACAACGACGAAGACGGCGCUAAGCCGAAGCCCGAUAAAGUAGACACCGACUCGGCCCCGCCGCCGUCGUCGGGGGUCGAUCCCGGCGACGAGAAUGAUUCAAGACCGAUAAUUUUGGUCACGAGCAGUGAUGGGAUUGAGUCGCCUGGGCUUUCGUGCCUGGUUGAUGCCCUCGUUCGUGAAGGCGCUUACAGUGUCCACGUCGUUGCACCUCAAUCGGAUAAGUCUACUUCCGGGCAUUCAGUGUCGUUAAAGGAAACAGUCGAGGUUGUUUCAGCUGAAUAUAAUGGUGCCAUUGCUUAUGAAAUAUCUGGAACUCCUGCAGACUGUGUGUCAUUAGCACUGUCUGGUGCACUGUUUUCAUGGUCGAAGCCUCUAUUGGUAAUAAGUGGUGUCAACAAAGGCUCAAGCUGUGGCUACCAUAUAUUUUAUUCAGGUGUUGUUGCUGGAGCUAGGGAAGCCCUUAUAAAUGGCGUGCCAUCUAUAGCAAUAUCACUAGACUGGAAAAAGGAUGUGAGUCCAGAAAGUGACUUUAAGGAUGCUGUGACUGUGUGCUUACCAAUCAUAAAUGCAGCCAUACGAGAUAUCGAGAAGGGUUCUUUCCCCAAAGGUUUCUCGUUGGAUAUAGAAGUCCCAGGAUCGCCCUUAACAAACAAGGGGUUAAAGGUUACAAAGAGUAGCUGCUGGAGGUCCACGCUUAGCUGGCAAGCCAUUUCGAGCACUAGGAAUCUUGCUGCUGCACGUUUUGGGGGCGGCCAGCCUGGCAUUGGUAUGCAGUUCGCGCAGCUCGGUCGUGAUGCAUCUGCUGCUGGUGCUGCUCGGCGUUUGGCCACUCAAAAGAAGAAUAUUGAGGUUGUUGAAUCAGUUGGUGCUGUUGGAAAAUCUGAUUUUAAAAAGACAACCAAGUAUUUCCGUGCAGAGAUGCUUGACAAGGAACAAGAUGAAGAUGACGAAGAUCUUGAUUUCAGAGCUCUCAAAAAUGGCUUUGUCGCCAUUACUCCAUUCUCACCCUUCGUGCAUUUAGAUUCAGAGACACAAACUGCAGCUUCGAAUUGGAUUUCGACUGUUCUUUCAACUGAAACUUAA